AUCUUUUAAAACGGAUGGGGAACGUUUUCUCUUCUGUAUUAGCGGCUUCCACGCCACUGCAGCAAACCGCAACACAAAAACGUAUCUUUAUGCCUUUCACAAGAAACUCUUUCCAGUGAGCAGUCAGUCACCACCAUGUCUGCUGGAAACGCUAAAAUAGGCCAGCCGGCCCCACAGUUCAAAGCCACUGCUGUGGUGGACGGACAGUUCAAAGAUAUCCAGCUGUCUGACUACAUAGGGAAGUAUGUGGUGUUCUUCUUCUACCCGCUGGACUUCACCUUUGUGUGCCCCACUGAGAUCGUGGCCUUCAGCGACCAGGCCGAGGAGUUCCGCAAGAUCGGCUGUGAGGUCAUCGGCGCCUCCACAGACUCUCACUUCAGCCAUCUGGCCUGGAUCAACACCCCCAGGAAGCAGGGUGGACUGGGACCAAUGAACAUCCCCCUGGUGGCUGACCUCACACAGUCCAUCUCCAGAGACUACGGAGUGCUGAAGGAGGACCAGGGCAUCGCUUACAGGGGUCUGUUUGUGAUUGACGACAAGGGCAUCCUGAGGCAGAUCACCAUCAACGACCUGCCAGUGGGCCGCUCUGUGGACGAGACCCUGCGUCUGGUGCAGGCCUUCCAGCACACAGACAAAUACGGCGAAGUGUGUCCCGCUGGCUGGAAGCCAGGCAGUGACACCAUCGUCCCCGACAUCCAGAAGAGCAAGGAGUUCUUCUCCAAACAGUAACCACACAACGGAGCCUCAGGCUGUGUCCAAAAUGGCACCCUAUGUAGUGCAUAUGGACCCCGGUCAAAGGUUGUGCACUUUAGUGAAUAGGGUGCCAUUUCCGACCCACGCUCAGGCACUCCUGAGAUGUCCUAGCACUUACCUUCAGAUGGGAAGUCCCCCCUUUAGCAGCAGUCUCUUGGCGUCCAACCCACACUUGUACAUCUUUAGUUCUAAAGAACUCGUUAGACUCUCACUCUUCUAUCUUGACAUUGUUACAAAAUCUUGUAUCUGUAUGACAAACUACUGGUGGAAACAGUCUCUUCUAGUCCCAAGCACUGAAAGUGUUUUGUUUUUUCUCCUUUAUCUCAAGUGUUAGAAAAACAUUGAAUAUUUUGUACCUUGCAAAAAUUAACUACUCAGUCUACAGUCACGUGAUAUUAAUAACAAAUGGGAAAAUAAUUACUUACAUGUUGGCAGUGUUUUGUCUGACAAAUAAAACCAAGUGGAAGUUA